AUGGCCGACGAUUACCGUCUAUGGGAAAAGAAGGGACGGAGCCUACAGAAAUGGAUCGAAAACUACUGUGCAUCAGAUUGCCCGUUCCCCAUUUCCACUUUCACUUUGACGCCCAAACACCAAGACUAUAUCGUCGAUCGAACAUCCGAUAGCAUUACGCUGCGCGGCGAAGGCCCACCAGUAUGGUGGAUUGGACCCACCGGGCCAGGAGUGAUUUUUAUUGAUGAUGUCUUUAGAUCCAAGAGAAGCGAUGACCCAUACAUAUCCGAGUUCACCAAAGCAGCCUACAAAAUGGAUUUCCGCCUUGAUAGCCUGAGGAAUGUAUUUGUGCACAAUGUCGACGAAGUGAACACGCUAUCGUGUCUCAGAAAUGUAUACAGAUCCCAAGGACUUCAUUAUCCAUCCGGCGCAGAGCAGACCUGGAAGCCUUCCUCGUCUGAGUUCAAUGCUCGGCUGGUAUAG